AUGGUGCAACCCAAGAAAAGGAGGCAAGUUAUUUAUGUAGGCAUUGUAUGGGGCAUUUGUUAUUUGGAGUCUAGGCAAGCAAGGGUACCUCUUCAGCCUCGCAGCAGAAGUAUGAGCUCCCAGACAGGACCUACAAUUAGCCCCCUCAAGUGGAUGGCUUAUGAAGGUUUUCUAAGAGAAAGAGCAGCUAAACGAUCGGAUCAAACAAGUACAGGUAGUUUGACCGCCUUACUUGUCAUUGAAACACAAGCUGGAGACGUAUCGGCCUAUAUUUCCACCAAUGUGAUCUCCAUUACUGAUGAACAAAUCUGUUUAGAAACUAAGCUCGUUGAUCGCGCAAUUAGACCUGCUAUUAACGUCUGCAUAUCUGUCAAUUACGUUGGGUCUGCCGCUCAAUUGAAAGCUAUGAAACAAGUUUGCGGUAGUUCAAAACUAAAAUUGGCAAAAUAUUGCAAAGCGGCUGCCUUUGCUUAA